GUACAAUUAAACGACAUCAGCGCUACAUUACGCUGUUUUCUCUGACCAUUAGCAUAGUAGUUUGUAGUGUGAGGAGAGUAGCAGUAGUGAGUCGGUUCUUUAGAGAGUGAAGUUACAAAAUCUCGAUCAGUUAAUAAAAUUGUGCAUUGACAAAAAUGGAGAUUCAAAUAUUGACCGCGAAAUCAUCAAAAUUCAUAGCAAAUGUAACCGUGGAACCUAAUACAACCAUACGACAAAUCAAAGAAGAAUUGAUCAAAUUAAAAAAAGCACCGCAUGUUCACAGGCAAAGUUUAAGAUUAGAUGCCAAAGGGAAAGCUUUAUCUGAUUCAGAUACCUUGAAAAAUUUGUCUAUUUCUAAUGGAGGAAAAUUAUAUUUGAAAGAUCUUGGACCACAAAUUAGUUGGAAAGGUGUAUUUUUAGUAGAAUAUGCUGGUCCAUUAUUUCUUUAUUUGUGGAUAUAUCAGCGUCCCUGGAUAUUUUAUGGUGAUACAGAUGCAUCUAAAAUUGAUAACAUAGUCCAUGUGGCAGCUCUUUGUUGGACUAUACACUAUGCUAAAAGACUUCUAGAGACAUUGUUUGUGCAUCGAUUCAGUCAUGCAACUAUGCCACUGCAGAAUCUUUUUAAAAACUGCUCUUACUACUGGCUGUUUGCUAUGUAUGUAGCAUAUCAUGUAAAUCACCCUUUGUAUACAGCUCCAAGUCAGUUACAGUUCCUUAGUGGGCUAGUAGCAUUUGCACUUUGUGAAUUGGGAAAUUUGAGUAUUCAUAUAGCUCUAAGAAAUUUGAGACCAGCAGGAAGUACAGUGAGAAAAAUACCAGUACCCACUGGUAAUCCUUUUACUGUAUUGUUCAAUCUUGUAUCAUGCCCAAAUUAUACUUAUGAAAUUGGCAGUUGGAUUGGAUUCACUAUCAUGACUUCAUGUUUGCCAGCUGCUCUCUUUACCUUUGCUGGUGCAUAUCAAAUGACUCUAUGGGCAUUAGGAAAGCAUAAAGCAUACAAAAAAGAAUUUUCUCAAUAUCCAAAAAAUAGAAAAUCUAUCAUUCCAUUUAUUCUUUAAAUAAUAUAAUUCUAAUUUAAGGUAGUUGUGUUGGUUACUAUUAUUAUAACAUUUCUUUGUUCAAAUUUGUUUAAAUAAAUAAUUUACAAUA